AUGUUGACCGCACGUCGAACUUCCGUCGUCAAGUCGACCUCCACAAUGGCGGCUCGUGUUCUUGGUUCUACCGGUAGUAGCCAGCAUACGGAGCAACGCCGAACUCUUCUUGGAAUAUCCAAGUCACUAGAUCAGCGUCUCUAUAGAAUGGCUAAGGGAGUCAUGCCACCUAUUUCCAAGACCGAGGAGAUUGCCCUCGGUUGCGGUACGAUUGGAUUCGACCGCGACAUUUUUAGCGGAAAUCCUUCUCUCAAGCACCUACAAGACACAUACGAUCCCAAGCUUACAGCCGAAGAACAAAGCUACUUGGACAAUGAAGUGAAUACUCUUUGCAGUCUCCUCAACGACCACGACAUUGCCAUGAACAAGGAUUUCACCAAGGAAGCCUGGGAUUACAUGAGGGAUCAUGGUUUCUUUGCAUUGAAAAUUCCAAAGGAAUGGGGAGGCAAGGGCUUCUCUACCCACGCUGUCUCUCAAGUCUUGGUCAAGCUCGGAACUCACUCCAUGGAUGCCAACGCAACCGUUGCCGUUCCAAACUCUCUUGGCCCUGGUGAACUCUUGGUCCGUUACGGAACUGACGACCAAAAGGAAUACUUUCUUCCCCGUUUGUCUGACGGAACUUUGAUUCCAUGCUUUGGACUUACUGGUCCACAUUCUGGAAGUGACGCCACUUCGUUGAUUCAAAGUGACUGUGUUGUCGAAGAACGAAAUGGCGAGCUUGGUGUUGUCGCAUCCUUCAAGAAGCGAUACAUCACCCUCGCACCCGUCGCUGGAGUUGUCGGUCUUGGAUUGAACUUGGCUGAUCCAAAGGGCCUAUUGAAGGGACAGGGAGAAGGCGGUUUCACGGUUGCACUCCUAGAACGUGAUCACCCUGGUUUGAGAAUGGGUCCCAGACACAUGCCAUUGAACUCUGCAUUCAUGAACGGUACCGUCGAAGGUGAAGACGUCUGGAUCCCCAUGGACAGCAUUCUUGGAGGACAAGAGCGCUGCGGAAAGGGAUGGCAAAUGUUUGUCGAAUGCCUCGCUGAAGGCCGUGGAGUUAGUCUCCCCGCCGGAUCCGCUGGAGCUGGACGUGUCAUUGUUGGAGCCGUUGGUGCAUACUCCAGAGUUCGCAAGCAAUUCCGCGUUCCAAUUGCCGAAUUUGGAGGAAUUCAAGAGGCACUUUCCACUGCCGGGAGUGAUGCCCUCAUCACCAUCGCCGGAACUGAUCUAAUGAAUGCCAUUGUUGACAACCACGAAGCUCCAAUGGUUAUUUCGUCUAUCAUGAAGCAAAACUGUACUGAGCGUGGCCGCAGAAUGGUCGAACACGGAAUGGACAUUGCCGCAGGCUCUGCCAUUUGCAGAGGCGACAACAAUUACCUUGGCAACACCUACAUGGGAUUGCCCAUUGCCAUUACCGUCGAAGGUGCCAACAUCAUGACCAGAUCUUUCCAAAUUAUUGGACAAGGAUUGACCAGGUGUCACCCACACAUGCUUGAAUUGAUCCAAUCUCUUCAAAUGCCCAAGGAAGAGGAAGACAAGGCUAUCAGUAUCUUCACCAAGCAAUUCUACAAGGUGGUACACCAUGGUCUUACCAACUUUGGUAGCUCUAUCACUCGUGGUAUCGGUGCUACCUUCUCUACCAAAACUCGCUCCAAGACUGCUUACACUGACGGAAAGAAGAUGGUCGACUACCACGAAAAGCAACUCCUUCGCCUCAGUGCUAACUUUGCACUGACUGCUGAUCUUUGCUUCACUCUUGGCGGCCGUCUAAAGUUUGAGGAACUUCUCAUGGGACGCUUGGCUGACGCUAUGGGCGCCAUUUUCCUCGGAUAUGCCACCCUUCAUCAUUAUUCUCGCCAAAAGGGAGUUGAAGGAUUGGAGGCAAUCACAGAACAUGCUAUGCUUCGCUUGGAAAAAGAAGCCCAAGAUGCUCUUAAGGAAGCUUCUGACAACUUCCCUGGACCUCUAGGACCAGUCGCAAGUACCGUCAUGAAGAUGGGAUGCUUCCCAUUGGGCAGCUUGACCAGACCAUACUCUUCUCCAAGUGAUCAACUCACCAAGGAAGUUUCCCGCAUGAUCACGACACCAUCUGCUUUGCGUGAUAUGUUCAACGAAAAUGUUUACAUGGCCCCAGAGGGUGAAACCCAUCAAGUCUCUGAUUUGAUUCGUGCUUUGCCAAUCUGCGUGGAAGCCGACAAGAUUGCUUCUACCUUGAGACGCGAGAAGAGAGAGCCCACUGCUGAAGAGGUUGACAAGAUUGCCAAGGCCGAAGCCAUCCGUGAUGUCCUCGUCCAAGUCGAUGUUUUCCCACACAUCACCGAUGCAGAGGGACAAGAGGGAUAUGUCCGACCAGCGCUUGUCGGAACUGAUGAAAGGCUGUCUUCUCUAGAUCGCAAGAAAUUCGCCUAA